AAAAAAACACAGAUAAAUAAUAUGUCAAAUACAGAAGUGGAUAAAAGCAUCGAGCUGAUCUCCAAGACGGAGGAGCUGGCCGACAAGAUAUUGGCCAACAAGCACGAGCUGACGGUUAUGGACAAACGGCGCCAAGAGACACGCGAGGCAUUGCGCCUCGUGGAGAAGUCGGAGGAGAAGAAGGCCUGGAUCACCAUUGGGAGCAUGCUGGUGAAAAUGCCGAAGGACAAGGCAGUGGAGCUGCUCAAGAAGGACCAGCAGCAGAUCGAAAAGGAGAUAAAUCUGAUUUACUCGGAGCAAAAGGUUCUGGUAAACAAGCAUCGAGACCUGGAGUUCAAGUCGCCAUUUUCGGGCACCAAUAUCAAGGCACUGGACCGACAUGAAUUUAAUGCCCUGAAAGCGAAUCUUCACUUGUAAUUUUAAGAAAUAAAUUAGGUACAGAUAGAAACAUUUUAAAGUGUGUUUAGCACUGAGAGAAAAAACAAGACCAAACCAAAAAAACCAAAUUCGAUUUUGUCGAAAGAGCAGAGCUCAUUCUAUUCUUUUAACUUUAGAUUUGUUUGACCAAAAAGCCUAGCACUUGAGUACUGAUCUGAAUCAAAAAAAAUUUUUAGAAAGAUAGCUUCGGAAUGUUGGAUAAACCAUUCGCAAUC